AGCGCUACCAGGCGUCUAACAGCCUCCAUCUCCCCUAAUUAGAUCGCAUUUACUUCGCCCGCCAGCUCCAACCACCACCUGCCUCCCUUCCCCCCUUCCCCCCUUCUCCCCUUCUUAUUCAGUGAUAAACAUAACCGAGCUUCAUUCAUCUACAACUCCUCCUUACAGAUCAUCCCACCCCACAAGAUGAAGACAACGACUCCGCUUCCGGCCUCCAAGCAAGCAGAAGAAGCUCCCGAUUCGGCCGCAAGAAGAAACGCGAGUGCGGGCCGGACCGCCGAAACGCUGCUGCGCGUUGCGCCCAUGGGAUUCUGUCUCGCAGCGCUAUUUCUGACAGUAAAGAAUUCGGAGGACAACGAUUUCGGCUCCAUAUCUUAUUCUAAUCUCGGAUCAUUCAAGUAUUUGGUGUACAUGAACGGUGUGUGUGCCGGAUACUCUAUCUUCUCUGCUCUGUACACCGCCAUGCCUCGACCCGCCUCUAUGUCUCGCGCCUGGACUCUCUUCUUCCUCGAUCAGGCAAACAAAUUACUGUCUUUCUUUAUUGAGAUUUUU